AUGCAAGCACCGAUGAUAUCAGUGCCUCUUAAGGCAACCAACGAGAUCGACUGGAUACAGCCGUUGAAGAAUUAUAUCAGACAUACUUAUGGUGACGACCCGGAACGAUAUGCGGAAGAAUGUUCUACCCUCAACCGCUUGCGACAAGAUAUGCGAGGGGCAGGCAAGGAUAGUGCCGCGGGAAGGGACCUACUUUACAGAUAUUAUGGUCAGCUGGAAUUAUUAGACUUACGGUUCCCAGUCGAUGAGAACCACAUCAAAAUUUCCUUUACAUGGUUUGAUGCGUUUACACACAAAGCCACUGCACAGUACUCUUUGGCAUACGAGAAAGCUUCGAUUAUAUUCAAUAUUUCCGCCGUACUAUCAUGUCAUGCAGCGCAUCAGAACCGAUCAGAAGACCCCGGCCUCAAAACUGCAUACCACUCAUUUCAAGCAUCUGCUGGCAUGUUCACUUAUAUCAAUGAGAACUUUCUCCAUGCCCCCUCUACCGACCUAAGUCGAGAGACGGUCAAGACUCUGAUUCAAAUUAUGCUAGCUCAAGGUCAGGAGGUGUUCCUCGAAAAGCAGAUUGCCGAUGGUAAAAAGGUUGGUCUGUUGGCGAAACUUGCUAGCCAAGCAGGAUAUUUGUAUUCUCAAGCGCUUGAAGGAACUCAGGACAACGUGAAUAGGGCCAUAUUCGAGAAAGUUUGGCUGCUGGUGGUCCAAAUCAAAGCAAAUCACAUGUCGUCCCUAGCUCAAUAUUACCAAUCUCUUGCCGAUGACGAUGCGAAUUCGCAUGGUGUAGCUAUUGCCAGGUUGCAGGCAGCAGAAGCUUCAUCUAAGGACGCCAGUAAACUUGCCAAUAGUUUCCCUGGAAAUGUUCCCGUCAAUUCAAACUUCACAUCGGAGACAGGCACAACUUUGAUAGAAAUUAACAGGCGUCAUCUUACUAAUGUUCAAGAGAAACUUGCUGAGCUCAUCAAGGAUAAUGACUAUAUCUAUCACCAGACCGUACCAGCUGAAGCAGCUCUCACCGUGAUCCCCAAACUUCCUGCUGCUAAGGCGAUACCAGUUAGUGAGCUCUAUGCUGGUCAAGAUAUUCAGCGUAUCACGGGACCCGACAUAUUCCAAAAAAUAGUGCCCAUGUCUGUGACGGAGUCGGCCAGCUUAUACGACGAAGAAAAAGCAAAACUGGUACGGGCAGAGACAGAGCGUGUAGAAACUGCCAACAGUGAGAUGGCUGCUAGUCUAGACUACCUCAGAUUGCCCGGAGCAUUACAAGUUCUUAAGGGUGGUUUUGACCAAGAACUAAGCGGGGGUGAAGAUUUUAGGAAUUGGUGCGACGAUUUAGCCGGGCACGUUUCUCCCAUGUCGACCUUUGAUACUUUAAAAUCAAGCAAAGACGCCAUAGUUUCAGUAUUGGACAAGAGCAACAAGCAACUGGAUAUGGAGGAGAGCGUCUGUGAGAAAAUGCGAUCAAAGUAUGAAGGAGAGUGGACUCAGCAACCGAGCUCACGGCUUACAUCUACUCUUCGAAGUGAUAUACGAAACUAUCGCGAAGCUCUCGAGGAGGCAGCUCGUAGCGAUAAUCAGCUUUACUCGAAGAUAUGUCAGCAUGAAGUUGACUUUGAUGAAAUGCGCUCUGCUGGUGAACUCGGCGAGUCUGAUGUGCUCUUCCAAAGAGCUCUAAUCCAAGUCGGUGGCAAGUCGAGAAAUACCGCCGGAAGUCCCGGCACACGAGAAGGAAAUUUACUCGAUGAUGAUUUCGACGAUGGAAAAAAGAGUGUCGCAGACCAGAUUGCCAAGGUUGAGGAUAUCAUCAGGAAAUUAAACCUAGUCAAGCGGGAGAGGUCGCAGGUAUUAAAAGAUCUGAAAGAGAAGGCACAUAAUGAUGAUAUAUCUCAUGUCCUCAUUCUUAAUAAAAAAUCUAUCUCGAAUUUUGAGGCCCAGCUUUUCCAGGCAGAGCUUGAGAAGUACCGACCUCACCAAAGUCGUUUAUUAGCUGCCAAUCACAAACAGUCAUCACUGAUGAAGGAACUUACACUCACCUUCAAUGAUCUUCUGCAAGACAAGAGAGUCCGAUCGGAGCAAAGCAAAUAUGAGACCAUAAUCCGACAACGCUCGUCUGUAAUGUCAAAGUAUAAGAGAGUCCAUCAAGAAUAUCUAGAUGUACAAGCAGGUCUCGAAGGCGCAAAACAAUGGUAUAUCGAGAUGAAGGAUACUGUGAAUAGCCUCGAUAAAAAUGUUGAGUCGUUCGUCAACAAUCGUAGGUCAGAAGGUGCUCAACUUUUGAACCAAAUUGAGCAAGAUCGAGCCAGCAAUGCAAAUGGCCAUGCAGAUAGGGAGCGCGACCGUCUCAGAGGAUUGAUGGAACGCAUGUCUAUGGACCCUUCAACCUCGCCAACAUCUGGCAAACCUGUUCGUAGGGGAUCAAAUGCAUACAGUAAUACAUCUCCAUCCACAAGAUAUCCAAGCACAAACUUUGCUGGGCAGUAUCAGGUACCAACAUCGCCGCCGCCACAAACGACCACAGCACCUUCAGCACGAGGCUCCAUACCAGCUCCUGCCAAUGGAGGAUAUUACCCCCAACAACAACAACAACCACAAAGAGCUGAUCCAUACAGUUCAAUUCCCGGAAGAUCUUCACCAUAUGGUCAAUACAACCCAAGCAUGCACUCGCGCAACCCCUCACAGCCAAUUUCCCCUCCACCAAAUCAGAGCCAAUUUCCACGUUCACCUCCGCCGCAACAAACUCAAUUCUCACAAAAUCAACAGUCCUACGCUACAAUGGCGCCGCAACAGCAGGGUCAGUAUGUUCCAGCUGGUUAUGUGCCUCCACCUCCGCCGCCUGGACCGCCACCCCUUGGUCCUCAACAAACAUUUCAUCAACCCGGUGGCUCAAUGACAGGUCAAAAUGAGUAUGGAUAUGGGAAUAAUGCUUCUCAUCAACGUGGCCCUUCACAGCAAAGUACGAACGAUCCUUGGGCUGGGCUUAAUGCAUGGAAGUGA